AUGAAGUGUAAAUUUUUAUUGAUAUUUACUAUACUUUUAACAUAUUAUCAAAUUGACGCCCAAAGUCGUUCGAAAGGGCUAGAAGAGAAAGUUCAAUAUUUGACCGAAAUGACUGCUAAAAGACCAAUAAUAUCAUUGAAUUAUAACAAAUUCAAAGAAUACGUAAAAUCACCUGUAAAGGAUUACGCUUUCAUAAUAAUGUUCACAGCCAUGUCUCCAUCACGUCGUUGUGUUAUUUGCCAACAUGUAUAUGAUGAAUACAAUAUAGUUGCUAGCUCAUUCCGUUUUGCACAAACACAAAAUACUAAACUUUUCUUUGGAAUGGUUGAUUUUGAUGAGGGAUCAGAUGUUUUUCAAAUGCUUCGACUGAAUACUGCCCCAGUCAUAAUGCAUUUUCCAGCAAAGGGCAAGCCGAAACCCGCAGACUCUAUGGACUUUGAGAGGGCUGGUAUUCAUGCAGAGGCCAUUGCUAAGUGGAUUCAAGAUAGGACAGAUGUGCAGAUCAGGCUGUUCCGCCCCCCCAACUACUCAGGCGCGUUAGUCACUUGCACUAUGGUCCUCCUCUCUAUCGGAUUCCUGUACCUUCGACGGAACAACCUCGAGUUCCUCCAGAACAAGCAAAUGUGGGCCGGGUUCGCACUGUUCUUCUGCUUCACAAUGGUCUCAGGCCAGAUGUGGAACCAGAUCAGGGGACCACCAUUUUACCACCGCUCUAAGAAUGGUCCUGUCUACAUCAACGGUAGUUCCCACGGCCAAUUCGUUCUGGAGAGUUACUUAGUUGCCGCUUUGAAUGCAUUGGUGGUUCUCGGUAUGAUUUUCAUGAUUGAGGCCGCGGGUGGUGUGAAGAAUGUGGAGGACUCAUCGCGAGCUCCCACCGAGGGAAAGAAACGUCGCUUCCAGGCGGUAGUCGGGCUGGUGCUGCUAUGUGUGUUCUUCUCGGCUCUACUGUCCGUGUUUAGAGCCAAGACUCAAGGUUACCCGUACAGUUUCUUAUUCAAA